AUGACGUCCUUAGCCCAGCAGCUCCAACGACUCGCCCUCCCUCAAAGCGAUCCCAGCCUCCUGUCGAGAGAUGAAGUGGCCUCCUUGUUGUUUGACCCCAAAGAAGCGGCCACCAUCGACAGGGACACCGCCUUUGCCAUUGGUUGCACUGGCCUGGAAGAACUGCUUGGAAUCGAUCCUUCCUUUGGACAGUUUGAAGUACCAUUGUUCAGCCAACUAUCAAAAACCAUAGAGCGUAGUGUUCAGACCAAAGCAGUGAACAAACAGCUGGAUGAAAACAUUUCAUUAUUCCUUAUUCACUUGUCCCCUUACUUCCUUCUUAAACCAGCGCAGAAAUGUCUGGAGUGGUUGAUUCACAGGUUCCAUAUCCAUCUUUAUAAUCAAGAUAGCCUCAUUGCUUGUGUCCUGCCAUACCAUGAGACGAGGAUAUUUGUGCGAGUCAUACAGCUUCUAAAAAUUAAUAAUCCUAAACACAGAUGGUUCUGGUUGUUGCCCGUUAAGCAAUCUGGAGUGCCUUUAGCUAAAGGAACUUUGAUUACUCACUGUUAUAAAGAUCUUGGAUUCAUGGAUUUCAUUUGUAGUUUGGUGACAAAAUCUGUGAAGGUUUUCGCUGAGUAUCCUGGAAGCGCAGCUCAGCUGAGGGUACUAUUAACCUUUUAUGCUUCUACCAUCGUGUCUGCUUUAGUGGCUGCUGAGGACCUUUCAGACAAUGUUGUUGCCAAGUUGUUUCCCUACGUCCAAAAGGGAUUGAAAUCAUCUUUACCAGAUUACAAAGCUGCAACAUACAUGAUAAUAUGUCAAAUUGCUGUGAAAGUGACAAUGGAAGAUACCUUUGUUAAUUCACUGGCAUCACAGAUCAUCAAAACAUUGAGUAAAAUCCCCUCUUUGACCAAGGAUGGCCUCGGCUGCCUCAUAGUGCUCUUGCAGAGACAGAAACCUGGCAGCCUCGGGAAAAAGCCAUUUCCUCACUUAUGUAAGGUUCCUGAUCUUAUUACAACACUUCAUGGGAUUUCUGAAACGUACGACAUCUGUCCUCUUCUGCGUUACAUGCUUCCCCACCUGGUCGUUUCUAUUAUUCAUCAUGUUACAGGAGAAGAAACUGAGGAGGUGGAUGGUGAGAUCUACAGGAAGCACUUAGAGGCUAUCCUUACAAAUAUCUCUCUGAAGAACAACUUAGACCAUAUGUUGGCUAGCAUUCUUUUUGAAGAAUAUAUUUCCUGUAGCUCCCAGGAAGAAAGCAAUUCUAACAAAAGAUCAUUGCUUAAUGAACACUGUCUUCCACUUAUAAGACUCUUAGAAAGCAAAUACCCCAGAACACUAGAUGUUGUAUUAGAGGAGCACCUAAAGGAAGUCAGAGAUCUUAACAAACAAGAGCUUUUCCACCAAUUUAUUUCUCUUUCUACAAGUGGAGGAAAGUAUCAGAUUUUAGCAGAUUCUGAUACCUCGUUAAUGCUCAGUCUGAAUUACCCACUUGCUCCUGUGAGACUUCUGGCCACUAAUCAUCUGAAAACUGUCAUCGAAACAUCAAAGGAAAAUAUUGAUGAGUCUUUCAUAAAAGAAGCUAUUUUAACCCGAUUACGUGAUGAUAGUAUAGAUGUUGUUCUAUCAGCUUUAAGUGCUUUUGAGAUUUUCAAACAGCACUUUAGUUCAGAAGAAACUGUUUCAAGUCUUCUCAAUCUCUUUCAAAGAGCAGAACCUUCAAAGAAUAGGGAAUGGUACAAGGUACUUGAGACAGCAGCAGACAUAUUCAUCAAAGAAGAGCUUCUGAGUGAAAACCAUCAGCUGGCAAAUCAGGUGGUGGUACAUUUGCUGCCGUAUAUGGUCAUCAUCAGUGAUGAUAAGGUGUCUGCUGAGAUGACACUUGCUAUAUAUUUAUCAAAAUCAGGAAUUUGUUCUCUACACCCUCUAUUAAGAGGCUGGAAAGAAGCUCUUGAAAAUGUGCUUCAAAGUACCAAGCCAGGAAAACUAAUUGGUAUAGCAAAUCAGAAAAUGAUUCAGUUGUUGGCAAGUAACCUAAAUUCAGGGGAUCGCUCUUCAAAUUUAAAGAUGGUGGAAGAUUUAAUAAGUACUGGUGAAAAGGAGGCCUACACCCUGAGGCGGAAAGUGACUUUUCACGUGAUCAUGUCUGUGAUUGUCCGCUGCUGUUCAUCUUUAAAAGAAACUUACUUUCCAUUUGCAAUCAGAGCCUUCCAUCUGCUGCAGGAGAAAAUAAAGAAUCUGGGCAGUGUCAUUACUGCAGUGGAGAUCCCUGCAGAAUGGCAUUCAGAGUUGAUGUUAGACAGAGAUAUACCAGUGGAGUUAUGGGCGCAUUACAUAGAACAACUUAACACGGGUCAGAUGAUUGCUGUGGAGGACUCUGUUUUACUUGUAUUUUCACUAAAAAAUUUUAUUCACGCACUGAAGGUUCCUAAAUGUUUUCCUGAAGAUGACCAGUGGUGGGAUCCUGAGCAGCUGAAAGACGACAGCAAAGACUAUCUGCACUUGCUGAUUACGCUCUUUGAGAUGCUACUUGCCAAUGCAGAUGCCAUUCAUUUCAGGGUGCUCAUGAAACUUUUCAAAAAGGUACAUCUACAAGGCGUUUUUCAGUUAUUCAAGUUCCUUUCUGUUUUAUGGACCUAUGGUUCUAGCCUUUCAAAUCCACUCGCCUGCCAUGUGCAUACAAUGCUGCAAACUCAAGCUCUUUACGUUGGUUGUGCAGUGCUCUCUUCUCUGAAGACCAAGGAUAAGCACCAGCUGGCAUCCGUGUCUUCUCCAGUGGUGGUAUCGCUGCUCGUUAACCUGGGAAGCCCGGUAAAGGAAGUGCGCCGUGCUGCCGUACAGGCUCUGCAGGCCCUCAGCGGAGUGCAGUCCCCGUUUGAGCUGAUAAUCGAUCAUGUGGUUCCUAAAGCUGAGGAGGUCACUUCAGAUGCCACCUAUGUUGUUCAGGAUUUGGCUACUUUAUUUGAGGAACUGCAGGGUGAAAAGAAACUAAAAUCACAUCAAAAGUUGACUGAAACCUUGAAACACCUGCUUAAUUGUGUGUAUCAUUGCCCAUCUUAUAUUGCAAAAGACUUGUUGAAAAUACUCCAACACGUCAACAGUGAGGUGGUCCUUUCUCACCUGUUGCCUCUGGUUGGAAAACUACUGGAAAAGAUCCAGAAGGAGCCCGCAACUGUGCUGAAAGACGAGGCCCUUGUUAUACAUCUCACCCUUGGAAAGUACAAUGAGUACUCAGCUUCCCUUCUACAUAAGGACCCAGGCAGUCUCGACACCUUCAUGAAAGCUGCGUACACAACAGAGGAACUUGGCAUGGCCAUGCCAACCAUUCAGAUCGCAACCCUUGAAAAGAUUACAAAGCCAUUUUUUGCAGCUAUAUCAGAUGAGAAAGUUCAACAGAAGCUAUUGGGAAUGAUGUUUGAUUUGUUGGUGAACUGUAAAAACACACAUUGUGCUCAGACUGUUAGCAGUGUUUUUAAAGGGAUAUCUGUUAAAGCUGAACAAGUCAAAAUAGAACUGGAGCCACCAGAUAAAGCUAAAUCUUUGGGCACAAUUCAGCAAACAAGAAGGCAGAAAAUGCAACAGAAAAAAUCACAGGAUAUGGACUCUGUUCUGGACGUGGGAGGUUCUUACUGGCAAAGAGUAACUCUCAUCCUAGAAUUACUGCAGCACAAAAAGAAACUCAGAAGUCCGCAGAUACUGAUACCAACUCUGUUUAACUUGCUUUCAAGAUGUUUAGAACCUUUACCGUCGGAGCAGGGAAAUAUGGAAUACACCAAACAAUUAAUUCUUAGUUGCCUGCUCAACAUUUGCCAAAAACUAUCUCCAGAUGGUGGCAAAGUACCAAAAGCUAUUCUAGAUGAGGAAAAAUUCAAUGUGGAAUUGAUAGUUCAGUGCAUUCGCCUUUCUGAGAUGCCUCAGACCCAUCACCAUGCCCUGUUACUGUUAGGUAUUGCCGCUGGAAUGUUUCCCGAUAAAGUUCUACACAACAUCAUGUCCAUUUUCACAUUUAUGGGAGCCAAUGUCAUGCGUCUAGAUGACACUUACAGUUUUCAAGUUAUUAACAAGACAGUGAAAAUGGUUAUUCCGGCACUUAUUCAGUCUGAUGGUGGAGAGUCUGUAGAAGUCACAAGAAACAUUGAAGACAUUGUGAUCAAAAUCAUUGGUGUGUUUGUGGAUGCACUGCCGCAUGUUCCGGAACACAGACGCCUGCCCAUCCUGGUUCAGCUUGUUGAUACGUUGGGCGCCGAGAAGUUCCUCUGGGUCCUCCUUCUGUUGCUCUUUGAGCAGUACGUCACUAAAACGGUGCUGGCAGCUGCCUAUGGAGAAAAGGAUGCUGUGUUAGAGGCAGACACUGAAUUUUGGAUAUCAGUUUGUUGUGAAUUCAGUGUCCAGCAUCAAAUACAAAGCUUAAUGAAUAUCCUCCAGUAUUUAACACAUCUGCCUGAAGAAAAAGAAGAAACCAUUCCCAAAGCUAUAUGUAAUAAGAGUGAGUCACAAGAAGAAAUGCUACAGAUUUUUAACGUCGACACUCACAGUAGCAAGCAACUGCGGCAUUUCAAAUAUUUAUCGGUGUCCUUUAUGUCUCAGCUCCUAGCUUCCAAUCAUUUCAUCAGAAAGGUUGUUGAAAGUGGUGGUCCUCAGAUUUUAAAAGGCCUUGAACAAAGCUUGCUGGAGAGUGUCCUGGGUUACGUUAAUGCUGCUGCCCAGUCCAUGGAGAAGAAUGCAGACAGACAGACUGUGAAGUUCUGGCGAGCUCUCCUUAGCAAAGCUUACGACAUGUUAGAUAAGGUCAAUGCCUUGUUGCCCACAGAAAUGUUCAUCUCUGUCAUCAGAGGGCUGGUGGGUAACCCACUGCCAUCAGUGCGCCGCAAAGCACUGGACCUUUUGAAUAACAAACUGCAGCAGAACGCAUCCUGGAAGAAGAAAGUCGUUCACCAUUUCCUACAACUACUUCCAGUCCUUUUGGCCAUUGUGGAGCGUAAAAAGAAAGAGAAGGAAGAACAAGCAAUAAACAGGCAGACGGCUUUGUAUACCAUAAAGCUGCUGUGCAAAAAGUUUGGUGCCAACAGUCCUGAGCCCUUUAUCCCUGUGCUGAGCGCUGCAGUUCGGCUGAUCGCCCCAGAAACCAAGGAGGAGAAGAACGUCCUGGGCAGUGCACUGCUGUGUAUAGCAGAGCUGACCAGCUGCUUGGACGCCCUGGCAAUCCCCCAGCUGCCCAGCCUGAUGCCGUCGUUGCUGACAGCCAUGAAGAACAGCAGUGAGCUGGUCUCCAGUGAGGUCUACUUGCUCAGUGCCUUGGCGGCCCUGCAGAAGGUCGUUGAGACCCUCCCACACUUCAUCAGCCCCUACCUAGAAGAGGUCCUGACCCAGGUGGUGUGUUUGGAGAAAAUCACUCGUGAAAUGGGUUCUGCCUCACAAGCUAAUGCUCGGCUCACCUCUCUUAAAAAGACACUGGCGACCACCCUGUCUCCCCGAGUUCUACUGCCAGCCAUCAGUAAAACUUACAGGAAGAUUGACAAGAAUUGGAAGGAUCUCAUGGGUCCGUUCAUGAGCAUCUUGCAGGAGCACAUUGGGGUGAUGAAGAAGGACGUCCUCACCUCCCACCAGUCUCAGCUCACUGCGUUUUUCUUAGAGGCCCUGGACUUCAGAGCGGGGCACAUGGAGGAGAAUGAUCUGGAGGAAAUUGGAAAAACUGAAAAUUGUAUCAUUGGCUGUUUGGUAGCCAUGGUUGUAAAGCUUUCUGAAGUCACCUUCAGACCCCUGUUCUUUAAGCUGUUUGAUUGGGCUAAAACAGAAGGUGCCCCGAAGGACAGAUUGCUGACGUUCUACAACUUGGCAGAUUGCAUUGCUGAGAAACUGAAAGGGCUUUUUACUUUGUUUGCUGGCCAUCUAGUGAAGCCUUUUGCUGACACCUUGAAUCAGGUGAACAUCUCUAAAACAGAUGAAGCAUUUUUUGACUCUGAAAAUGACCCUGAAAAGUGCUGCUUACUGCUGCAGUUUAUUUUGAACUGUCUACAUAAAAUCUGCCUUUUUGAUACUGAGCAUUUUUUAAGUAAAGAACGAGCAGAAGCUUUGAUGGUACCCCUGGUGGAUCAGCUGGAAAAUAGGCUUGGCGGAGAAGAGAAGUUCCAGGAGCGGGUGACGAAGCACCUGAUACCUUGUAUUGGGCAGUUCUCAGUGGCUGUGGCAGAUGAUUCCCUGUGGAAACCACUCAACUACCAGAUUCUGCUAAAGACGAGAGACUCCUCGCCCAAGGUUCGAUUUGCUGCUUUGAUUACUGUGUUAGCACUGGCUGAAAAGCUAAGAGAGAAUUACAUUGUCUUGCUACCAGAAUCCAUUCCUUUCUUAGCAGAACUGAUGGAAGAUGAAUGCGAAGAAGUGGAACAUCAGUGCCAAAAGACUAUUCAGCAACUGGAAGUUAUAUUGGGAGAGCCCCUCCAGAGCUACUUCUAA